GUAGUUGGUCAAUCGCUUAUUAGCGGGACGCUCAAUUUCGAUCUGGAAACUUAUUGUGAAAACUCUCGGUUUGCUGUUUUUCAACAUUUACGCCCAUUGUUUGGUGUUAAUUUACCUAGAUACUAUCCAUUGCCAUCCUCAGCAUAUUUUCUCUUCCUAUUAUGCUCGAGUAACACAGAUAUAUAUAUACAUAUACAUAUAUCCCACGUAUAAGUUUGCGUUCGUCUGAAUUACGUUGUCCACCUAUGUUCCUUUCGCGCAGAUUAUUCCAAUUUAGAUCGAACUAGCAGCAGGAAGUGCUCGAUUCAAACAUGGCAGCAGAAGAAAAGAGAAUCGGAGGGUCAGAAGAUCCUGGCCUUUUUGAAAGAGACGUCGGAAAUAUCGAGGAUUCUACCAUAGGCGACGCCAUAGAUAUUCUGGCGCUUCAAGACUUGGAUCCUGCUCUUAACGCGAAAAUGCACCUUGUCAAUAACGCCAUUGAUGAGAUUGGUUGGACCAAUUAUCAUUGGAAACUAUUCGUUUUGAACGGGUUUGGUUACGCAGUCGAUUCCCUAGUACUCUUACUCCAAAGUAAUAUAGCAAUUCCGGCCUACAAAGAGUUUGGCGAGGUCGGAUAUGACAAUGCCCAGACGAUUGCUACGUACGUUGGAAUGCUGGUCGGGGCGCUCUUUUGGGGUAUGGGUGCCGAUAUUAUAGGGCGUCGUUGGGCGUUCAACGUAUCUCUCUUCAUUUCCGCCGUAGCAACAAUUGUCUCGGGCGCGGCUCCGAAUUGGGCCUCCCUAGGCUUUUUUACCUCUAUGGUCGGAUUUGGAGCUGGUGGCAAUUUGAUAUUAGACACCACUGUCUUCCUCGAGUACCUCCCCAGCAACAAGCAGUGGGCGUUAACAUUUCUGGCCUGCUGGUGGGGUAUCGGACAAGCUGUUACGGGCUUCAUCUGCUGGGGCUUCUUAGUUCCACCUCAGUGGAAUUGUGAAUCUGCCGAUAAUUGUCCAAGAGAAUCCAACCAAGGGUGGCGAUACGUCAUGUACACUUCCGGAGCUCUCGUUUUCGCCAUGUCUAUUGCACGUGUCACCGUUGUUCGUCUACAAGAGACUCCAAAAUACCGCUUGGGAACCGGAGAAGAUGCUGAGCUGGUAGAGACACUGCAUUCGAUCGCCAAGAGAUAUAAUCGACGCUGUACGCUGACCUUGGAAAAAUUGGAAGCUUGCGGGACAGUAAAGACUGCGCAUAGCGAGAGUCGCUAUUCGUUUCAGGAAAGUUUCGUUCAUCUUUCUGGACUCUUCGCUACGACUAAAAUCGGCAUUUCAACCGUGCUCAUUUGGAUAUCGUGGACGCUGAUUGGACUUGCCUACCCUCUUUUCUACGUCUUCCUAAACACGUAUCUUGCCAGCCGUGGUGCUUUAGACGGCGUUGGAACUUUCGACACAUGGCGUAAUUAUACACUUACGAAUAUAUCCGGCAUCUUUGGGCCAAUCCUAGCAGCAUAUAUGUGCAACCUUCGACUCCUCGGCCGAAGAUACACCAUGGUCAUUGGUGCGCUAGUAACUAUGGUCUUCUUCUUCGCCUAUACAGCUGUAUCAACCCCAGCGCAGAACGUUGGGUUUAGCUGUGCUAUUGCAUUUUGUCUGAAUAUCUACUACGGAACAUUAUAUGCGUAUACCCCUGAGGUGCUACCGAGUGCCCAUCGUGCGACAGGAAAUGGCAUUGCAGUCGGCUGUAAUCGUAUAAUGGGUAUUAUCUCCGCGGUUGUCGCUAGUACUGCCGACACUGGCACUGUCGUGCCGAUUUAUAUAUGUGCAGCUCUCUUUCUUGCCAUGGCGGUUAUUAGUGCUGUCUUCCCGUUCGAGCCAUAUGGACGGAGGAGCUCAUAAUCUUAUGCGAUUUUCAUAUAAGAAGCGAUUCAUGCGUAAUGACGCAUUGGCUUCCUAGGCACCUCUCCAGCCUAUCCGUGGUCCUGCUGAGCUUCGAGCGUCAGGGUUCUGGAUUCGCAAUGACGCGAUAGCACGAUACACGCCUAGAGUUGGAUCCGGAUGGUCCAAGGUAUCUUAGGGCGAGGAUUCGUAGGUUACUAAUAAUAGCCAAUACCCCCCAGUAGGGUGCUAGGUUAGUUACUUCGACUAAUCCUGCCACAGAGAGCUGCGGAUAUUAGUAGGCAGUACUCCAAUAUAGUCACAACAUAUAUAUACGUUAAUAACCAGUCUAACUAUGAGUUAACGUCGUCAAAUACUGGAUAUCUACUAUUGUUACG